AUGGGGCCACAGCCAGGCUUUGAAGGAGUGGCUGAGAAGGAGAAGCUUGAGGUGGAAGUGCAAGAUGUCGAGCGGAACAAUGAGCACGCUGUUCAAGAGAAGCGCGGGAGUGAGUCUGGGUCUACCUCCAGCGCGGAGGCAGAUUUCUCAGAUAUAGACGAGAAGAAGGUAAUCAGGAAGAUGGACAUUCGACUUAUCCCUGCGCUUGCAAUCCUCUACCUACUAUCGUUCUUGGAUAGAGGGAACAUUGGAAAUGCGAAGAUUGAGGGUUUAGAUGUUGAUUUGGGUCUUAAAGGCGGCCAGUUUAACUGGUGUUUGACCGUGUUCUUUUUUACAUAUUCCACCUUUGAGGUCCCUUCCAACAUUCUGUUGAAAAGACUGCGCCCUUCGCUCUAUCUACCAUCGAUCAUGCUUGCGUGGGGAACUAUUGUGACCUUGAUGGGGAUUGUACAGGAUUACAAGGGACUGUUGAUUGCCCGGAUAUUUUUGGGAGUUGCUGAAGCCGGGCUGUACCCUGGAGUUGCAUACUAUAUUACUAUGUGGUACUGCCGACACGAGGUCCAGCUAAGGCAGGCAAUGUUCUUCAGUGCUGCUAGUAUAGCCGGUGCUUUUUCUGGGCUGCUAGCAUUUGCUAUUGCGAAAAUGGAUGGGGUGGGAGGAUAUCAGGGAUGGCGAUGGAUUUUUAUCCUGGAGGGCCUCCUUACCGUUUGUGUCGCCGUUGGCGCUUACUUUUUCAUUGAAGAUUUCCCCGAAACCGCAUCUUUCUUGACCUCUAGGGAACGAGAAUUUAUCAUUCAUCGUCUCAAGUUUCAAGGAUCCGGCACGUCUGGGAAGAAAAUACCCCAGACUGAGGAUUUCAAAUGGAAGUAUAUUAAGGAGGUAUUCACGGACUGGCAAGUCUAUGCGUCGCUCUUUGUUUGCGUGGGCAUCAUCUGUCCGCUCUAUGGCACCUCUCUGUUCUUGCCGAGUAUCAUCAAGGAUCUGGGGUACAAGACCUCUACGGCGCAGCUCCUGACGGUUCCCAUCUAUGUGACUGCCGCAACGCUUGCAGUCAUAGUCGCCUUUUACUCGGAUCGAACCGGCAAGCGUUCACCCUUUGUAAUCGGCUGCAUGUCAUUGAUUGGUAUUGGGUUUAUCAUCUGUAUAUCUGCAGCAGGAAGAGGUGUGCCUGGAGUUGUUUACGCUGGCGUUUUCAUCGCCAUCUGUGGGAUAUAUCCUGCCUUCCCCGGUGCUGUAACAUGGCUGGCCAACAAUCUGGCAGGCAGCUACAAGCGUUCUGCAGGCAUGGCAUUUCAAAUUGGAGUUGGCAACAUGUCAGGAGAUGCACCGAAAUACACUCUUGGGCAUGCGCUCGAGCUCGGGUUUCUGGUUGCCGGAGUGAUAUCGGCCGUCUUCAUGCGCGAGGCGUACAAGCGAGUCAACGCCAAACGAGAGCGGGAAGGAAACCAAGGUCUCACCGACCGGGAGCUGAGCGAGCUGGGUGACAAGGCACCUUCGUUCCGCUAUACUCUCUAG